GAUGUGACAUAAUAUCCCGGAAAUAUCCCAUCAACCCAUCGAAAACAAAACGCGUUUUGGCUGCCAUGUUUGUUCAACGCUGCGGACUGUUGUAAAAGAGAUUCGCGCUUUUCUUGUCUUAAUUCAAAGGAUUUUAAACAAAAUUCACUGCUAAUAAGUUAUCGUACUCGGAAGUUAACAUGUCCGACUUCAUAGAAAGUGAAGCUGAAGAGUCAGAGGAAGAGUUCGAGGAGAAGGACUUGAAACCCAGAAAGACUCAGAAAUUCAUGGAGGAUGAUGAGGAGGAGGAAGAAGACGAGAACGCGGAGGAUCAAGAUGAACAAGGGAACUUGAGGGGGCUCAUCGACGACGAUGAUGAAGAAGAAGACGAGGAAGGUGGUAGUCCAAAAGGUAGUCCAAAAGGCAGUGGCAGCGAUUCAGGAGAUGAAGAGGUACACCACCGCCGUAGGAAACGUAACUACGAUGAUUACUUGGAUGAAGAUGACCUCGAUCUCAUUGAGGAGAACUUGGGUGUCAAAGUUAAGAGACGAAAAAAGAAAUUUGACCGUCUCAAAACAAUGGAUGAUGAAGAUGAAGACGACGAAAAGGAUUUAAUUGCCGAUGAAAUCUUUACUGGUGAUGGUGACGGCGAUGUGGAAGACGGUGAACCGGUGGACAUGCAGCUGACCGGUCCAGGUGUGGAAGAGGAGGAGGAGGACGAAGAGUCAGAUAUCGACGACUUCAUUGUGGACGACGAUGGACAGCCACUGCGAAAGGCAAAAGGCAAGAAAGUAGGAGGGUACACAGAUGCAGCCCUUCAAGAGGCCCAGGAAAUCUUCGGUGGUGACUUUGACUACUCUGAUUUCGCCGAGGCGUUUGACCAGGACGAAGAAGAGGAGGAAGACCAGGACGAUGAAGGGUGGGACCGGCCCAAGAAGCAGGUAAAGAGAAAGACGGGUCGUCGCAGCAUUUUUGACGUCUAUGAGCCCAGUGAGCUGGAGAGCAGCCACAUGACCGACCAGGACAAUGAAAUCAGGUCCACAGACAUGCCAGAGAGAUUCCAGCUGCGUGUGAUACCAGUGAAGCCAGCUGAGGAUGACGAGCUGGAGGAGGAGGCCGAGUGGAUCUUCCGAAACGCUUUCUCCAACUCCACAAUCUCAAUGCAGGACAGCACAGACUAUCUGAACCCUGGCUCAGGUACCUCUUUCAGUUAUAAGCAGCCGCAGACAGUCAGCAAGAUCAAAGAGGCGCUGAACUUCAUGAGAAACCAGCACUUUGAAGUUCCCUUCAUUGCAUUCUAUAGAAAGGAGUAUGUGGAGCCAGAGCUGAACAUUAAUGCGCUGUGGAAAGUUUGGCAGUGGGAUGAGAAAUGGACUCACCUGAAAACACGUAAGGAAAACUUAACUCGCCUCUUUAACAAAAUGCAAUCCUAUCAAUUUGAGCAAAUUUCUGCAGAUCCAGACAAGCCACUGGCAGAUGCCAUUCGCCCACUAGAUACGUCUGACAUGACAAGGCUGAAAGAUGUCCAGUCCUUUGACGAACUCCGUGACGUUUAUCAACACUUCCAGCUGUACUACGGGCAGGACAUUCCCAAAAUGCAGAACGCAGCCAAAGCAGUGAGAAAGAAAGUUGUGAGAAUCAGGAAAAUCACACGCACAGACGAGGAUGGCGAGGAGGAAGAGGAGGAGAUUGAGGAAGAGGAGGAGGAAGAACCCAAGGGCCCCGUGUUAAAGAUGGCCUCCCGCAGAGACAUGUACAGCAUCUGCCAGCGAGUCGGUCUCGACGGCCUCGCCAAGAAGUUUGGUCUCACACCUGAGCAGUUUGGUGAGAACUUGCGAGACAGCUACCAACGUCACGAGACUGAGCAGUUUCCGGCCGAGCCUCUGGAGCUGGCCAAAGACUACAUCUGCACCCAGUUCAACGCUCCAGAGGCCGUGUUGGACGCUGCACGCUACAUGGUGGCCCUGCAAAUCGCUCGCGAGCCCCUGGUCAGGCAUGUGAUAAGGCAGACCUUCCAGGAGAGGGCAAAGAUCAACAUCAAGCCCUCGAAAAAGGGCAAAAAGGACAUUGACGAGGCCCACUAUGCAUAUGCAUUCAAGUAUCUGAAAAACAAGCCUGUGAAGGAGCUGAACGCAGAGCAGUUCCUGAAGAUGUGCCUCGCGGAGGAAGAGGGCCUGCUCACCAUGGAAAUUAACAUCGACUUGAUGGGUGUCAGUGGCUAUGGCGGCGACGCCACCUACUUUGAAGAAAUCAAGCAGUUUUACUACAGAGACGAGUUCAGUCACCAAGUGCAAGAGUGGAACAAGCAGCGCGCCAUGGCCAUCGAACAGGCGUUGAAACAGUUCCUGUACCCACAGAUGACAAAGGAGCUGAGGUUUAAGCUCAUCACUGAGGCGAAAGAGCACAUCGUCAGGUCGUGCUGCAAGAAGCUGUGCAACUGGCUGAAAGUGGCGCCCUACAGGCCAGAACAGCAGAUGGAGGAGGACGAUGACCUGAUGGACGAGUCCUCCGGCAAAGGCAUCCGCGUGCUGGGAGUAGCCUAUGCAGGGGGCCGAGACACACCCGUGUUCUGCUGCCUCAUCAACGGCGAAGGAGAGGUUGUCGACUUCCUCCGCCUCCCCUACUUCCUGAAGAGGAGGAACGCCUGGAACGAGGACGAGAGGGAGAAGAAGCUCAACGACAUCGAGAACCUCAAGAAGUUCCUGCUCACCAAGAAGCCGCACGUGGUUGCCGUGGCCGGGGAGAGCCGUGACUCCCAGAUGGUGCUGGAGGACAUCAAGCGCACCAUUGGCGAGCUGGAGCAGGACUCCUCCCUGCCGGCCGUGGGCGUGGAGCUGGUCAACAACGACCUGGCCACGCUCUACAUGAACAGCAAGAAGUCGGAGGAGAGCUUCCGCGACUACCCGCCGCUGCUGCGCCAGGCCGUGUCCGUGGCCCGGCUGGUCCAGGACCCACUGGUGGAGUUCUCCCAGGUGUGCAGUAGCGACGAGGACAUCCUGUGUCUCAAGCUCCACCCGCUCCAGGAGCAGGUGGACAAGGACGAGCUCCUGACAUGCCUCUACCGCGAGUUCAUCAACCGGGUCAAUGAAGUCGGGGUGGACGUCAACCGGGCCAUAGCGCACCCGUACACGCAGAGUCUGGUGCAGUACAUCUGUGGCCUGGGGCCCCGCAAGGGUGCGCACCUGCUGAAGAUCCUCAAGCAGAACAACACGCGGCUGGAGAACCGCACGCAGCUGGUCACCAUGUGCCACAUGGGCCCCAAGGUCUUCAUCAACUGCGCCGGCUUCAUCAAGAUCGACACUGCCUCCCUGGGCGACAGCACUGACUCCUACAUCGAGGUGCUGGACGGCUCGCGAGUCCACCCGGAGACAUACGAGUGGGCGCGUAAGAUGGCGGUGGACGCGCUGGAGUACGACGAGUCGGCGGAGGACGCCAACCCGGCGGGCGCGCUGGAGGAGAUCCUGGACAACCCCGAGAGGCUCAAGGACCUGGACCUGGAUGCCUUCGCCGAGGAGCUGGAGCGGCAGGGCUACGGCAACAAGGGCAUCACCCUCUACGACAUCCGCGCAGAGCUCAGCUGCAGGUACAAGGACCUGAGGGCGCCGUACCGCUCGCCCAACUCGGAGCAGGUGUUCAAUAUGCUGACCAAGGAGACUCCGGAGUCCUUCUACAUCGGCAAGCUCAUCACCUGCGUGGUGACGGGCAUUGCCCAUCGGCGCCCGCAGGGCGAGAGCUACGACCAGGCCAUCCGCAACGAUGAGACAGGCCUGUGGCAGUGCCCCUUCUGUCGGCAGGACAACUUCCCGGAGCUGAGUGAGGUGUGGAACCACUUUGACAGCGGCUCGUGCCCCGGCCAGGCCAUCGGCGUGCGGACACGCAUGGACAACGGCGUCAUGGGCUUCAUCCCCACCAAGUUCCUCAGCGACAAGAUGGUCAAGCACCCGGAGGAGAGGGUGAAGGUGGGCAUGACUGUGCACUGCCGCAUCAUGAAGAUCGAUAUCGAGAAGUUCAACGUGGACCUGACGUGCCGCUCCUCCGACCUCAUGGACAAGAACAACGAGUGGAAGCUGCACAAGGACGUCUACUACGACUUUGACGCAGAGACGGAGGAGGUGAAGCGUGACGAGGACCUGAAAAAGAAGAGCCAGCGCACCACCUACAUCCGUCGUGUCAUCGCUCACCCCUCCUUCCACAACAUCAACUUCAAGCAGGCCGAGAAGAUGAUGGAGAGCAUGGACCAAGGGGACAUGGUCUUCAGGCCCAGCAGCAAGGGGGAGGCCCACCUGACUCUGACCUGGAAGGUGGCGGACGCCGUGUACCAGCAUGUGGACGUGCGCGAGGAGGGCAAGGAGAACGCCUUCAGCCUGGGCCACAAGCUCUGGAUUGGCAACGAGGAGUACGAGGACCUGGAUGAGAUCACCGCCAGGUUUGUGCAGCCCAUGGCCGCGUUCGCCCGCGAGCUGCUCUACCACAAGUACUUCCAGGAGUGCGAGGGUGGCAACCGCAAGAAGAUGGAGGAACUGCUGGUGCGCUCCAAGCGCGAGAAGCCCACCUUCAUCCCGUACUACAUCUCCGCCUGCCGAGACCUCCCCGGCAAGUUCAUCCUGGGCUACCAGCCCCGUGGCAAACCCCGCGUGGAGUACGUGUCCAUCACGCCCGACGGCUUCCGGUACAGGUCGCGGGUCUUCCCCACCGUCAACGGGCUGUUCCGCUGGUUCAAGGACCACUACCACGAGCCCGUCCCCGGGGUCACCCCAAGCAGCGGCAGCCGCACGCAGACGCCGGCCUCGGUCAACGCCACGCCGGCCAACAUCAACAUUGCCGACCUGACGCGUGCCGUGAGCGCCCUGCCGCCCAACAUGACCUCGCAGAUGUUCAACGCCAUCGCCGCUGUCAAGGCGCAGGGCCAGAACGCCAGCACCACGCCGGCCCAGUGGGGCUCCAGCCAGUAUGCAUACAGCGGCGGUGGAGGCAGCAGCACGGGAGGCGGCGGUGGCAGCAGCAGCGCCUACCACGUCUUCGCCACGCCGCAGCAGCCCAUGGCCACGCCCAGCUACCCCAUGGCCUCGCCCAGCUACGCGAUGGCGGGCUUCAUCACGCCCGAGAUCCAGUCGGUGACCACGCCGCGCUACCCCAGCGCCACGCCCGGCUCGGCCUACGGCGACCACCACUCCACGCCUUCCUCCAAGUCCUCGUCCCACAGCCGCUCGCACCACCACCACCACCCCCACCACCAGUCCACGCAGCAGCACCACCACCACACGACGCCGCACCAGACGCCGCAGACUCCCCAGCAGCAGACGCCGCAGCCCAAGCAGAGCAACACGGCCGUGGACUGGGCCAAGAUGGCGGAGCAGUGGCGGCAGGAGAAGGAGGCGGAGCAGCGCAAGCAGAAGAGGCAGAUGACGCCGCGGCCCUCCCCCAGCCCCAUGAUCGAGAGCACGCCCAUGUCCAUCGCCGGAGACGCCACUCCCCUGCUGGAUGAGACGGACCAGUAAGGGAGGAGGAUGAAGGCUUGACGCUGUUCCCCCGGUUUACCCCUCCCUCGCUAUUCCAAGCAAUGACCCAAUGCCACACUGUCACAGCCGCCUACCCACCCCACACCCCAAUACCAAGCAAGUGACACUGCAGUACCCAAUGCCACCCUCAUAGCCAUCCCGUCCCGUCCCCCAAACAGUAAGCACUGCACCGAACACCAUACCCUAAUUUCCCCAAAACGGUGAGAAUAACACCCAACCUUACACCCCCCUCCCCCCAACUGCCCCGAACACUGACUGCAGAAACCUGUCACUUGUUAACCCCUCCCCACAAAAAAACCCACAGCACCGAAAUAGUGAGUAGGGCAUCCAGUGACACCCCUAUCCCUCAGACCCCCCUCACCCCACCCCCUCCCGCAGUGGCUUCGGCUUGUGCUCUCCCUUUAAUGCUCCCAUCCCUUCUUCAUGCUGAAAUUGGGACUAAUUGGGGUUAAAGCAUAACCAAUAGUAUUUUUACAAGAUGUUUUCAGUCAUAAAUAUGUAUGUCAUCAUACUACUAAAGCCUCGUCGUGGGCCUGUCCAGCUUUGUGAAUGAAGCUUAGUUAGGUUUGUAGUUUUAAAUCUUUUGUUUUGCUUUUUUGUUUUGUUUUAUUUUUGUCUUUUUUUUACAUUUUAAUUUUCUUUCUGCUUGUUUAGAGUGUGAAAGACCAGUGUCCCAAACAGACUACAAAUAUAAAUGAAUGACGCUGACUUGAAGCAGUAGUGUUGUUGUUUUUUUGUGUUGCAAUUUAAGGUGAAAUAUGAGCUAUCUUGAACACUGUGAAAGAGAGCCAGCGUUUGAAUUCAACAUCAAGCAAGCUGACACUUGGAGGGAAAAAAAAUGGCGCUGUUUAAGAUUCUUAUAUUGAAGGCAUCAGAACAGCGUCCAGUGUUAUUUGGUGACAGUGUCCAUUCUGAAAGGUAGCCCUUUUAAUGACACCACUGUCUGCUUUGUGCUUUCUUUUUUUAAUUCAUCUUCAUUCAUUUCAGGACUCAUGGAAUUUUAAAUUCAGUUACUCUUCUGUAACUUAUAAAUUAAAUUUGUCUUACAAUAAAUCAAGUUGAGAUUAAAGAUUUUUUUUGUUUUGAA